AUGGAUGAUGAUAAUUUUCAAUCCUAUUAUGAAGCAGAUGGCGAGGAGCAAGAGGCAGACCAACUAGCAGAAUAUGACGUCGAAAGUUUUGAUUACCAGCUGUUGAGAGUGGAGGAAGUGGAAAGGCUGCUGAAUGAAUCGGUUGAAGCUCUGUGCAAGGAGAUAGAUGUGGAGCCUGCCCUGGCAAAAGUGUUAUUGCAUACCCAGAAAUGGAUGAUGUCAGACAUAAUAAGAGAAUAUAAACUUAACGCGAAAAAACUUUUGGCUAAUUGUCGAAUACAUCCACUUGAUAAAGCCCAGCCAAUCAAGCUGACUUCAAAUUACAUUUGCCCUGUCUGUAUGCAAAAAUGUUCAAAUGAGAACGUCUGCAGCUUAUCAUGUGGCCACAUCUACUGCAAUGAAUGCUGGCAGACAUACUUUCAUGUUCAGAUCCAAUCAGGCCAUUCAACCUCCAUAGAAUGCAUGGGACGUGAAUGUGACCUGCUGGUUCCUGAGGACAUGGUCAUGAAUAUCCUCACCAACCCCAACAUGCGGGACAAGUACCAGGAGUACAUGUUCAAGGACCAUGUCAAAAGUCAUCCCGAACUGAGGUUUUGCCCUGGAGCCAACUGUGUGAUCAUCGUUCGAGCUCGAGUCUGUAAGGCCAAGAGGGUCAUUUGUGACUGUUGCAAAACUUCUUUUUGCUUCAACUGUGGUGUUGACUACCAUGCUCCGACAGACUGUGACACCAUCAAAAAGUGGCUGACCAAGUGUGCUGAUGAUUCAGAAACUGCCAACUACAUUAGUGCACACACCAAAGAUUGUCCCGAGUGUCACGUGUGCAUUGAGAAGAAUGGAGGCUGCAACCACAUGCAGUGCUCCAAAUGCAAGCACAACUUUUGCUGGAUGUGUCUUGGAGACUGGAAGGCGCAUGGCAGCGAAUAUUACGAAUGCAGCCGCUACAGAGAGAACCCCAACAUCGGAAAUGAAUCAGCACACGCUCAAGCCAGGGAAGCUCUCAAGAAAUAUCUCUUUUAUUUUGAAAGGUGGGAAAAUCACGCACAAAGUUUGAAACUGGAGGAGCAGACAUUGUCAAAGAUAAAGGAUCGAAUAGAAGAGAAGGUGAUGAACAGUUCAGGCACGUGGAUUGAUUGGCAGUAUCUUAUGAGGGCCACCAACCUGCUCAAAAAGUGUCGUUACACCCUGCAGUACACUUAUCCUUAUGCUUACUAUUUGGAGAAAGGACCCAGGAAGCAACUUUUCGAGUAUCAACAAGCUCAGCUUGAAGCAGAAGUUGAGAACCUGUCAUGGAAAGUAGAGAGGGCUGAAAUAACUGAUAGAGGGGAGUUGGAAAACCAGAUGGACAUCGCGGAGAAGAGAAGACUCAUUUUGGUAAAGGACUUCCUGGAGGCCUGA